AUGGCAGCAAUAUGCGCUGACGUGCUUCCGGAAAAGACAGAGCAAUUCGACCGCACUCAUUAUAUCAGGCCGUUAUUUUGUAAUCUGGAUGUACUCCGUAUUCUGAUCCCUGAUACCCUGCCUGAUUACGGUAUCUGCUCCGGCCGCGACCCAAGUGCGACCCCCACUGAAUCUCCUAGUGGCCUCCGGGCGUUCACUAUGGUUCCAAAUGGCGAGAUACUACUGACUACGCCAAGCUCGGUAGCGGGCCGAAAGUGUUGA